CUCAGACCGGCGCGUAGGCUCCCGAGACAUACGAGAAUAGGUGGACCGACCUUGAUAGCGGUCAGAAAGUCACAUCCGCAGGCGGCGGAGAGAGGGCGAAAUGAAUGAGGACGAGACAGAAAUACACUGCCAGGCGACAUGUUUCCAAUGUUUUGAUCCAGCCUAUAAUUUACACCUUGCCUCCUACCUCCACCGUUCUUUUGACCUCCCAUCCCCCGCGUAAAAUCAUGAACGCGAACCUCGGCCCCAGCCUCUUCUCCAAUGCUGCGCCUAGCGAGCCAGCGGCUCCGGUCCCUCUCGGUAUCGAGAGCAUGUUCCAGCAGAUCAUGCAGGCCGUUCAGAAGUCGAACGCAGAGAUCUCGGACCUCAAGAAUGAGUGCGCUGAGCUCCGUCUCGCGAACGCGAGCCUGGAGCGCCAGAUUCGGGAGGGGCAGAAUGGACAGUCCCAUACACCGGGGACUCUUACGCCUCGUCGCUCUAGCCCUCAGCUGCGCCCCAAGUCGCCAUUCCUUUCUGCCAGCGCGAUCCCCCCGACGAGCGUCCCCCCACUCCCUACUUCCCUCGCGUAUCACCCUUCGCCUCUGGGCGAUAAUGGGCUCUCCGCCUACCCGUUAGACGCGCGCGAUAUCCCCGGGUUCUAUGUUGUUAUCCCCGCAGGUGGCGCGGGUACUCGUCUCUGGCCUCUCAGUCGCGAGAACCACCCCAAGUUCCUUCUCGACUUGACUCUUUCUGGUCGUUCCCUCAUCCAGGCGACCUGGGACCGUCUCAUUCCUCUCGCCUCGCCCGAGCGCACCACGGUCGUCGCCGGACCCGCCCAUGUUAGCGCCAUCUCGAGCCAGCUGCCCGACCUCAAGCCGGAGAACGUAUUCUGCGAGCCCUCCGCGAAGGACUCUAUGGCUGCCAUCGGCCUUGCUGCGGCUGUGCUCGCAAAACGCGACCCGGACGCGGUGAUCGGGUCCUUCGCUGCGGACCACAUGAUCUCGGGCGACGACGCAUUCCUCGCAGCUGUUGCAGAGGCGGUCCAGGUCGCAAAGCGCGAUUACCUUGUUACAAUUGGUAUCGCGCCCGUCGCGCCCUCCACCGGUUUCGGCUAUAUUCGCCUGGGAGACCGCCUGGAGUUCAACAACGCGCCGAACGCACGUUUGGUCAAGGACUUCAAGGAGAAGCCAGAUGCUCGCACCGCCGCUGCGUACCUCGCCACUGGUAACUACCGCUGGAACGCGGGUAUGUUCGUGACAAAGGCGUCCUUCCUCAUGCAGCUCGUUCGCGAGCACAAGCCCACUAUGGCAGCUAGCCUCGAGAAGAUUGCCGAGGUCUGGGACGAGCCCAGCAAGCGUGACUCUGUCCUCUCCGAGAUCUGGCCGACGCUCGAGAAGAUCCCCAUUGACAAUGCCAUCGCGGAGCCGGCGGCGCGGGAGGGCAAGGUCGCGGUCGUGCCUGCCACGUUCGGUUGGGACGAUGUCGGUGACUUCUCAUCUGUUGCGGACCGUCUGCCGUCCGAGUACAACCAGCCUCGCAUUCUUGGUGAUGGCCACCUCGUCGUCACUGAGCAGGUUGCUGGCGGUAUCAUCGUCCCCGGCUCAGGCCGUCUCGUUACUUGCCUCGGCGUCGACGACCUUGUCAUUGUCGACAUGCCCGACGCACUGCUCGUCACCACCCGUGCUCGCUCUCAGGAGGUCAAGAACAUCGUCAAGAAGACGAAGAGCGCCGGCUGGAACCAGCUUCUGUAACCCAUGUUAUUGAAGAGCAUCGUCACUGGAAGUAUAUCGCUACGGGAAGUAUAUCGUUGCGUGAAGUACAUACCUAGGUAAUAGGCGUCGACGCACUGGACGCGGCGCUCGUCUUGCGGCGCGCGGCUCGCCGCUUGGACAAAGAUAAUCCCCCGACUCUCCUUCAUACCCUCGUUCGUCUGCUGCGAAUCUAUCUAUCGUAUCGUUUCCUCCCCUCGUUGUCUGUCCAACUACCAACAAAGAUGUACACAUAAUGGGUGUUUACAUUAAUACUACCUCGGGAUCGUGGAAUAUACGCGGGUUCGAAAUCAUUGUGGCG